UAUUAAAUUAGUAUUUUCUUAUAAAUUAAUAUGUUUUUAAACAAACCGGAAAUAAUUUAAUACAUUAAUAAUUUUCCUUAUUGAUUUUUUCGAUUUUAAAAACAACAAUUUUAAAUAUCUACUAUAAAACUAAUAAUAAACAUCAUCAAAUUAACACUUAAAAAUGGACUAAACUCUAUCUUUUAAUACACUAAUUUCCUUCUAGAACCUUGAAGCUAUUACUUAUUUAUUAUUUUCAUGUAAAAAGGCUAACCAACCUUAAAUAAUAGUAUCUUAAUAUAAAUUGAAAACACUUUCUUAUUCCCUUUCAUUAACGUUUUUUUAAGCCAGAAUUUAAAUUUAAAAAAUCCAUUCUUGACUAUUUAUAAUAUAGAAAUGUUUUUUUUAUUUUCGAUUUCGUUUUCUUCCUUACUUUCUUUCUGUAGAAUUUUCAUUUAUUCUUUGACUUCUUUAGCUGUUAGUUUAUCCUUUGUUUUUUCCGGGAUUUUUUCCUCGUCUUCCUUUCUAAAAUAUUCGCUCCCUUAUUAAAUUUGGGCGUCGAAUUUUUUAUCUAUAGAGAACAUUAAAGCUUAUCCAUAAUCAAUUUUGAUAUCUUCUUUUAUAUCGUUUUAUAAAGCUAGUUCUGAAACUAAAAUUUCCAACUUUUCUUUCGAAGAUGGAAUUUCAAAUAUAUUAUUAUCUUCAUCAGUUUAAAUUUAAUCAUUGUUUUUUUAUUAAGAAAAAAAAGAUUAUAAAUGGAUUUAAUAUAUUAAAAAAUCAGACAUUAUUCGUAGUUUUUUCACUUUUCUACCACAAAAAUGUUGGUUUUAAAAUUCGUUAUAUAUUUAAAUGUAUUAAUAAUCACUCAAAUAGGUAAAAUUUUCAAGUUUUUUAGGUAUUUUUUCUUCUAUAAUUACAUUUUGGGAUGAAACUACCGAAAGUUCAGGUAAAUAUUUCUAUGUAUAAUCUUUUGUGGACUAAAAGAAUUUCUCAGAAUCCAAAUUUCUUAAUAUAUCUUCUAUUUAAAUUAUUAUUUUUUCGAUUUUUUAUAAUAUUAAUUAUGAGUUUUACUCUUUUCCAAUAAUAAAAUAUUCCCUCUGGACUUAAUUUCUUAAUGAAAAGGCCAUUUCUAGUCUAUAUUAGUACCAUUUUUUUAACGCGUCUCGGAUGUCAGUUUUAUCUAAAUUUACUCUCAAAACUUCCUUAUAUCCAUCUUCUAAUACAUCAGGGUAGGUCUUAGUAUUACUGUUUAAUGUAUAUUUUUAUUCGUGGAUUAGCUUAUAUAAAAUUUCGGAACGCGAAAUUUCUUGGUCAGGAAAUUCUUUAUUGAAAAAAGAAUCGGUUUAGACGAAUAAUAAAUGCUUUUUGUCUUAACUUUGGUUAGCUUUUUGGAUGUUUUGGAUAUAUUCUUAUCGACUUUUGAUUGUCUAUUCUAUUAGGGAUGAAGGGUUUUGGGAUUGAAAGUAAAUGUUUAUUAUUUUUGAUAUUUCCU